GAGGGGCGGCACCGGUGGGUCACAUGCGCACCUGGGGAGGGCGGCGGCGCAGGCACCGCGAGCUGGCGGCCCGGAGCUGGGCCGGGCUGGGGCGGGGCUAGGCUGGUGAGUGGCAGGGUCCUGGGGGCCGGCCCCAGCUGGGAGCCCGGGGCGCGCCCCGUGUAGCUGCAGCGGUGCCCGCCCCCUCUCUCCGCCCCUCCGGCGGGGCUGGUCUCCAGCUGGGCACCGUCGCGGGCCCCCCUGGCCAGGCCACCUGGGACUGUUCUGGGAGCUGGCCACCUUUCUCUCCGCUGGCCGGUAAAGUUUGUGGCGAAGCGGGCGCCGGGCGGAGCGCGUCCCGGGGGAGGUCUAGAAGUCUCCCCCACCCCGGCCGGGCGGCUGGCGCCGUGGACCUGGGACGCCGCGGUCCAGGCAGGAGUGUGGAGCAGCCGGCGGCCGCUGUCUCUGGUGCAUGGGGACCGGCUGAGGAACCAGCAUGGGCAACUGCGUGGGGAGACAGCGUCAGGAGAGGCCGGCCGCCCCAGGACACCCCCGCAAGCGAGCAGGUGUGAUGGCACAUACCUGUAAUUCCAGCUCUCUAGGAGGCUGAGGGAGAAGGAUGGACGCAAUGAGCCUCUGAAGAAGGAGCGGCUCAAGUGGAAGAGUGACUACCCCAUGACAGACGGGCAGCUGCGGAGCAAGCGAGAUGAGUUCUGGGACACAGCACCCGCCUUCGAGGGCCGCAAAGAGAUCUGGGAUGCACUCAAGGCAGCUGCCUAUGCAGCGGAGGCCAAUGAUCACGAACUGGCUCAGGCCAUCUUGGAUGGAGCUAGCAUUACCCUGCCUCAUGGCACACUCUGCGAAUGCUAUGAUGAACUGGGCAAUCGCUACCAGCUGCCCAUCUACUGCCUGUCCCCACCGGUGAACCUGCUGCUGGAGCACACUGAGGAGGAGAGCCUGGAGCCCCCCGAACCCCCACCAAGCGUGCGCCGUGAGUUCCCGCUGAAAGUGCGCCUGUCCACAGGCAAGGACGUGCGGCUUGGUGCCAGCUUGCCCGACACGGUGGGCCAGCUCAAGAGGCAGCUACAUGCGCAGGAGGGUAUAGAGCCAUCCUGGCAACGAUGGUUCUUCUCUGGGAAACUGCUCACAGACCGCACGCGGCUCCAGGAAACCAAGAUCCAGAAAGAUUUUGUCAUUCAGGUCAUCAUCAACCAGCCCCCCCAACCCCAGGACUGACAGGCCCACGGAUUCUGUAAAGAGGGGUCACGAAGGCCUCCGUGGGGCUGGAGCCCUGGGCCCCCACCCUGCUGCUGCCUUCAAGUCCGUUGUUCCCUUCAGGUGCACUUCCCCACUGCGUGGCUCUGGUGAGCCGUGAAGGGACCUUGCCUCCCAGGGAGCGCCCAGCAUUAAGGAGCAAUGCUGCCACACACAGGCCUUGCCGACCUUGUCAGAGGACAGCACCCCGGGACCCUCUACCCUGCCUCUGUCCAGAAGCAGGUUCAAGCCACAAGCCGGCCUGGAGGCCCUGGAGACCAGAUCUGCCAUCUCGUGUUGCCGCUGCGCUCACUCCAGUUUUCUGCUCAGGGUUGGAAGCAGCUGCUAUCUCCCUCAUCUGCCCCCACCUUGACUCUGCCCUGGGCACAGUGACAGUCCCCUGGAGGGGAGGGAACAACCAGUGAGCCCCAGGACUCAGGGAGCCUAAGGCGGGGCUCCGCAUCUCCUUCCCACUAGCACAAUCAGCAGAGAAGAGGUGGGUGGCCAGGCAGCUGGGCUUUGUGUCCAGAGUCUGCACAGGGCCAUCUUCUGGCUGUAACCCAAGUGGUGGUGUCUGCAGCCUGGUCAUGGUCCCGCAGCAGGUCUCUGUGUACAGACAUAUCUGCGUAUUUAUCAAUAAAGCCUUUGCUCCUUC